AUGACUGAAUAUGUGCAAACCACCCUGAUCCUGCUGUUGCUUGCACUCGGUCUCACCGGUUGUGCCAGCUCCGCCCAUCAGACAAUGGAUGAGGUGAUAGCCAAAGAAAUGCUCACCCUGCGCGGUACACCACGUUGGGAGUUGGCUACAAGGGAUGCCCAUCUGCGGUUUCCCGAAGCAGCCGAUACGUUCGCUUGCGCCCUGGGUAUGCCGAUAACUGAGGCCAACACGCCGGAGCUGUAUAUGUUGUUGCGCAGGACUCUGGCAGACCUGGGUCUGGCCGCUUACUCGGCCAAAAAUGCUUACCAGCGUGAGCGACCAUUCAUGGUCAAUGGAGCACCCAUCUGCACACCUGAGGAAGAGACGAUGUUGCGCGCUGACGGUUCUUAUCCUUCGGGACAUACCGCGAUUGGCUGGGGGUGGGCGUUGAUACUCUCGGAGCUUGCACCGGAUCGGGCAGCGGCUCUUUUAAACCGCGGCCGUGUUUAUGGCGAAAGUCGCAACGUCUGCAAUGUUCACUGGCACAGCGAUGUUAUUGCUGGACGUAUGGUUGGUGCGGCGGCAGUUGCGCGGUUGCAUACAAACGAGAUGUUUCUUGCAGCCCUGUCAGCGGCGCGGGAGGAGGUCGCUUUACUGUAUGCGGUGCAAUUGCUGACCUGGCUGCUUCUGAGCUUGCCAACGACUGCGUUUGCGGGUUCUGACAGCGGCUUCUAUUUGGGCGCUGGUAUUGGCCAGAGCGAUGUCGAGAUCAGUGAUUUUGACGAGAGUGACGGGUCCUACAAAAUCUUCGGUGGAUACAAUUUUGGUGUUGUGCCUUUGAUUGAUCUCGCUGUUGAAGCGUCAUAUGUUGAUUUUGGUGAACCUGAUUCCGGGCCGCUCAGCGUGGAGCUGACGGGGUUGAACGCUUUUGGAUUGGCUGGAUUCAAGGUAGGACCGAUCGGACUUUUUGCUAAAGCGGGUGUAGUUGCCUGGGACGCAAAGCUGGCGGUGGAUGCGUUUCGUGAUGAUGAAAACGGAACAGAUUUUGCCUACGGCGCUGGCGCAAGGUUUCAGAUCGGCUCAUUCGCAAUCCGAGCUGAGUAUGAGGUGUACGAAGUCAGUGACGUAAGAGAUCUGGCGAUGGCAUCAGCCAGCGCAAAGUGGCGUUGGUUAACUGGUUCUGCGCAACAGGGCGGCGAAUUGAAGAAGUGGUGGUCACCGCGGAACGGCGGGAAUCCACAGUAUCAGAAUCAGGAAGACCUGCAGAACUACAUACCGGCCACCACCAUACAACCCUACGACGCGUCGAUACGUGGUGUCGGGCGAACCGCAAGAACCCUGGGCGGAGACCCGGGUGUGGCGACCUACUUCAAUGGCGUUUACUCCGAGGAUUUUGGCAUCGCCUCUACUGAAGGGGGUUUGAAAGACCUGGAGCGUGUUGAAGUCUUACGCGGUCCCCAGGGCACUCUCUAUGGCCGUAACGCCGUUGGCGGCGCUAUAAACUUUGUCUCCAAACGACCCAGCAUGGAGGAAUUUGAAGGCGAGGCUUCAGCCACGUUUGGCAAUUACGAUACACGCGAAUUGUUCUACAUGUUGUCGGGUCCGGUUAUCAAAGACAAACUGGCACUGCGGUUUACCGGCACAGACCGCCAUCGUGACGGCUACAUCGAAGAGACCUCUGGACAAGGUGAUGACAUCAAUAACUAUGGUGAUGAAAACUACACCCUUUCUCUGAACUGGACGCCAACAGAUCGGAUAUCGAUCUAUGCACGAGGCAAUGAGCGCAGCUAUCGGCGUAAAUUUAAUGGCGGUGCUGGCACCAUGCCCAUUGUCGUUGCCGAGAACGGGGUGCAGAACAGAGAUACAACCAGUCUGACAUUUGGUAAGAGGGUCAUCGAUCGCACGCAGACAACCAACCCCUGGCAGUCGGAUUUUUUUGAUCCAAGUAUGGAAAUAUUUUCAUUCACUAAUCCUGUGACCGGGGCCAUGGUGGAAGCUCAGAACGUGCGUGCCGGUGUUGAUAUUCGUUCGUCUCUCACGGCUGUUACAGGCACAGAUGCAAAUGGUGCGAUUGUGUACGGUAAGUCCGACCCAACGGCUUCUUCUACGUCUCCUAACUACGCUCUGGGUUUGCCGCAAAAUCGUGUUCAUGUCGCCGAUCGAGACAGCCUGGAUAAAAGCGAUCUGAAAAUUGACAGCAAUGGCCAGUACGAUGAAUUCUUUGACCAGCAGGCGCUGCAGUUUAAUUUUAUCUAUACCGCGGAUAACUGGGAGCUGAAGUAUCUUGCUGGCUAUACCGACUUUUUCUACGACCGGAAUACGGACGAAGACAAGACCGGUAACCUGCGACUCGGCAGUUCAGACUUUUAUGUGCUGCAGGAAAACGAAAACUGGCAGCAUGAGUUGCAGCUGACUUUCGACACGGAAAAUCUGUCUGUCACUACCGGCUUGUUUGUCUAUGACUCCACCAUCAACCAGCGCCUCGACUUAUAUGAUCCUAUCGAUACCCAGGGUCGCUACCAGGCUGAUGCCGACUAUUCCGGUCUGGCGGGCGGCAUAGAUGAGUUUGGCGCCGUGUUAGCGUUGUUAGGCGGGCAGGCUACUCCGCUGCUGGACAUCUAUGAUGCACAGGAAGCUUUUGAGGGUGGCACGCCACUCGCAGCAAACGGUAGCGUUACGUUGUUUGCGCCCUGGUUCGGGGAUACGGGAACCGGCUUGCGUGGUGCCCGGCACGACGGUGAAAGUACUCCCGGUACCUUCUUUGCCUGGGACAACGACAUUGAUACCCGCGCCUAUGCCGCGUACGCCCAGGCUGAGUAUGAUUUUUCUGAGAAGUGGGCGAUCACCAUGGGGGUGCGCUAUGCGCGGGACGAAAAAGAAGCCAGAGAGCGCCUCAUCGGUAUACAGGAAUCUCUUGGCCUGACCGCGUUUGCGUUGUUUGACGCAGGCAGUAUUUUUGCAGGCACACCAACAUUCAGCGGCCCAACUCAGGAUUACAUUGAUAACAACCCUGAUGGCUUUGCGGCCUGUGGAUCUGGUGCCAAUUUAUUGUGUCUGUAUAACGCAGUGAGCGGUGCGAUUGAUCCGACGGGUGCAACAACCAACGGCGGUAUUCAGAUCGGUGAUCAGGGUACUAACCCGGGUGACACCGCGGUUAGAUUUUCUGGGGUACCGAUUGCAUUCAAUAUUUACAGGCCGCUGGAAAACGACUGGGAUGUGUGGACCUGGCGAGCGAAUCUCGACUAUGAACCCACACCGGACACGUUACUGUAUUUCUCAGUGACUACCGGCUGGCGCUCAGGGGGUUAUAACCUCGGCUUCUUCUCAACAGCCACGCCGGAAUAUGAUGAAGAGAAUAUCAUUGCCUACGAAUUGGGCUACAAAGGCACGUUGUUAGAUGGCCGUUUGCAGAUCAACACGUCUGUAUUCAUGUAUCAGUAUGAUGAUAUUCAUACCAUCAUUUCACAGUCUGGCGGAUUGCUUGGCGUGAGCACCAACGUUGUGAAUGCUCCAGAAGCGCGCACCUUCGGAUGGGAAGGUGAUGUGUUGUUUCUGCUUGGUGACAGAUUUACGCUUGGCGGCAACUGGAGUUAUACCAACGCGGAAUUCAGUCAGGACUUCGAGGUCGUAGACGUCAAUAAUCCAGAUAUACCGGGGUCGAUUUUUACUGCUGCAGAGCAGAGUGUGAGCGGCUUUGAUGGCAGCAGCCUGCCGAAAAUUCCAGAAUGGAAAUUCACACUUUGGGGCAAUUACUCCAUUCCGCUGGGCGACUCAGGAAACCUGGAUUUCUUUUCCACGGUGGGGUACACCGACGACUUCUUCUUUGCCGCGCCAUUUGAACGCGAACUGGAUCGAGCACCAAGUUUCACGCGUUGGGACGCGCGUGCGGUUUGGUGA